AUUGUCCAGUACUGCAUCACAAUUGUGUCGGAGCGAAACUGUAGCGCGUGCCUCACGGUUCCGAUCUCGCUCUGCAUGUUCGAUUCUGGCGCGAAACGAAAAAACGACGUCGCCCGGUCACCGGUCUCAUCCGCGGAUCAAACGAGAGAUACGCAUUGCCACUACCGGUGGAUACGGUGCGGUGAUUUCGUGCGUGAAGAGAGAACGGUAGUGUAAUCCGAUGUGAUGAAGUCUCAUUAAUUGCAGUGCAUUUUAGUGACGCGAAUUGGUGUUGGUUUUAAAACAGGGAGAAUACUGUGUACCAAGAGCGCGACCUUCACUGAUAGUUAACAUUGCAAAUAUGGUCGCCGAUGGCGGCGUCGAGUGUGUUUAGUAGAAGAUUCGCCAGGAAAAACAAAUUGUGUUAGUGUACCUUGCCUUGGGGCUUGUUGUAAACAGAAUACCGCGAGCACGCUCGUUUGUAAAUAAUUUGCAGAGAGGGAAGAGUUUUCUGUGGAAGCAGCAUAAAUAGCGAAAAUUUGCGGGACGCUAUAUCUAUGAUAUCAACGUAGCGAGCUCUUCCGGAUUUUUCAAACUGCAAAAUUCUGUUUCCUAUGCUCACGGAAUGUCUCCCAGCGCCAAACGACGAAUGAAGGAUGAUCUAUUCAAAAAGUGCGAACACCGCUGGAAAUGAUCAUUUGACGGCGACUACCGUAUCGACGGUCACCGUUUCCAACGCGGCCCUGUUGGAUUCCAUGCAAGCGAGUAUGGCCGCCGUGUCGAAUCUCAACAGCCACCAGCAGAGCCUUCCGUUGGGCGGUGCCGAGACCCUGCACAUGGGAGUUGACCAUCACGGUGGCCACCAUCAUCACGAUGAUGAUGGUGACGGUAUGGGGAAUGGAGCCGCUGACAGGAGGAAACGGAAAUUUUCAUACAACGACAAUAGUGAUAUCGAAGAUGAUACUGGUGAUGAUGCUAAAUCUGUGCGAACAACAGACGAAAACAAAAAGCAAAACCACAGCGAAAUCGAGAAGCGUCGACGUGAUAAAAUGAACACCUACAUCACCGAGCUGUCGGCGAUGAUUCCCAUGUGCCAUGCCAUGUCCCGGAAGCUGGACAAACUGACGGUCCUCCGCAUGGCCGUCCAGCAUCUGAAGACGAUACGAGGGGCCGUUCACUCGUACACCGAGGGCCACUACAAGCCGGCGUUCCUCUCCGACCAGGAGCUGAAAAUGUUGAUCCUGCAGGCGGCCGAGGGUUUCCUGUUUGUGGUGGGCUGUGAUCGAGGGAGAAUCCUAUACGUGUCGGAAUCUGUUUCGCAGAUACUGAAUUAUUCACAGGGUGAUCUGCUAGGUCAAAGUUGGUUUGAUAUUCUCCAUCCUAAGGAUGUGGCAAAAGUGAAAGAGCAGUUGUCUUCUUCGGAUUUGAGUCCGAGGGAACGAUUGAUAGAUGCUAAAACAAUGCUUCCGGUUAAAACAGAUGUUCCACAAGGUGUGACAAGGCUGUGUCCAGGCGCCAGGCGUUCGUUCUUUUGUCGGAUGAAGUGCAAAACGAAUAUUCAGGUGAAGGAAGAAGCGGAAUCCAACGGCUCGACGUCCAGCUGCCAUCGAAGGAAAAACAAAGUCAAUUCAGACAAAAAAUAUUCGGUAAUCCAAUGCACCGGUUACCUAAAAUCUUGGGCCCCAGCAAAAAUCGGUCUGGAAGAACACGAAACAGAUGGCGAGGGCGAAUCGUGCAAUUUAUCCUGCCUAGUAGCCGUCGGACGAGUUCAGCCCAGCCUCUUCCAGAAUCAAAUUUCCGGAAACGGAAAUCUCACCAAUCGACGUGUAACAGUAGACGGCGGUGGUAAUAACGCAUCAACCGGAACCAAUGGCUGUAAGGGUUUCAAUCGGAACAACAUUCCUAACCUGAGAAAUGUACAAUUCAUAUCGCGCCAUGCAAUGGACGGCAAGUUCCUAUUCGUAGACCAGCGGGCCACUCUGGUGCUGGGGUUCCUUCCACAGGAACUUCUGGGCACCAGUAUGUACGAAUACUACCACCACGAGGAUAUUCCGGCACUAGCCGAAUCACACAAGGCAGCUUUACAGGGAAAUCAAUGCGUAACGACACCGGUCUACCGGUUAAGGACCAAAGAAAAUGGGUUUGUGCGACUGCAAAGUGAAUGGAAAUCUUUCCGUAAUCCAUGGACCAAAGAGAUUGAAUAUCUGAUAGCGAAGAAUAACGUCAUUCUGGUGGACCUGGCCGAAGGAACGGGCGGAAGUUACGGAGGAACGAGCGCCAACGUCCAGAGUAGAUGCAACGGGAAUGGAACGACCACCGGGAACGAGAUCAGUGACGGCAACAACAACGAAAGUAACGGACAAAGUACGGUUGGAUAUGAAAUUUUUAACCAUUCAAAUGGCCGUGAAAUACAACGAAUGAUAAACUCGCAUGUAGAGGCUAGUAAGAUAGGACGUCAAAUUGCGGAACAAGUCUUAGACCAUCAACGCAGGAUAGGGGAUUCAUCUUCAGAGAGCAGUCCUGAUCCAACCGACUCAGCCAUUGCGCAGAGUUUCAACCCAGCCAUCCAAGAGGCUAACAAUUUGUCGAGCGAAGCCAUUGCAGCAGUGGAACGUUCACUUGCUUCUUCGUCCGGUGUAUCCCCGGCAUCCUCGUCCGGGGCUGGUGCCACCGGAGGAGCUAACGGCAGCGGAGGAGCUGGAACAGCUUCUACAGUAGGUCCAAAUGGUGGACAAGCAACUGGACCACCACCACAACGAAUAAACGGAACACUUCCCGGUUACAACCACGUGCGGAACAAUGAAAUAGUCAGCCCAGAGCAUGAAGUUCCGCACAGCCAAGCCAACAGUACUGACGGUAAUGAUGAAGCGGCAAUGGCAGUGAUAAUGAGUCUUCUAGAGGCCGAUGCUGGUCUGGGAGGUCCUGUCGAUUUCUCCGGCCUGCCGUGGCCGUUACCAUGAACGAAUACGCACCUUAGAGGCAUUUGUUAUAGAUUGAUAUGUGUUAACCUUAAUAGUCAACCAACCACGCAAUGGAUCAGAGUUACCAUUUCUUUUUAGUUCAAUCGAGGGGAGAACAGUUAUUUUACAAGAUCGAGUGAUUUCUGAGUAUAUUAUUUUAUUCCUAGGAAUAUAAAAUGUAGAGCAUAAAUAUGGCAACAUUUUCGCCAUUUUCCCAACAUCGAA